AAUGCCGCCCCGUAGAGCUCCACCCGCAGAGCGGGAUCAGUCAGUAGUCGCAGCCCAGUUCCGGACAUAUGCCCCUCCGGUCUUCACUGGAGAGGAGGGCCCGUUGGCCGUAGGAGACUGGAUCCGCAAGAUGGAUCGUAUUUUCUGGAUGAUGGGCAUAUCUGACCAGCACAUGGUCUCUUGUGCCGAGUUUCAGAUAGAGGGUGCGGCCGGAGACUGGUGGGACGAUUACUGGAGUCUCAGGACAGCUGACGAGCGAGACCAGCUGACUUGGGAUCAGCUUAAGGGGAUUUUGGAGGCCAAGUACUACCCUCGCCACUUUCGCGAGAGGGUGGAGCGAGAGUUCUAUAACUUGCUUCAGGGAGACCGCUCAGUUGAGGAGUACGAGCGGGAGUUCGCUCGUAAGAGCACCUUUGCACGCCAUCUUGUGGACACCGACGACAAGAAGGCCUCCCGUUUCCGCAAUGGCCUGACCAGAGACCUUCGAUUGCUCGUAGCCAGCCAUGGCUAUUUGACUUACGCUGAGACCGUUGAGCGAGCCCAGCAGAUUGAGGCAUCCCAGCUGCUAGACACUCCUGCACAGCCACUAGCUCAGGUGGCACCACUAGCCAGACAGCCAGCUGCCAUCCAGCCAGCCCUGCCAGCGCCACCUCAGCAGGCGCAACACCGACACAAGAGGAAGUGGAGAGGUCGCUACGAUAGGAGGAACCGUCGACCAGGAGCCCCAGCUCAGGCAGCACCACCAGUCCCGCAGCCCCCAGCUAUUUGCGCUACUUGUCAGCGCGUCCACCGGGGAGAGUGCCUAGCUGGGCAGGACAUUUGUUAUCGUUGCCGCAGGCCCGGUCAUAGGAUCGCAGACUGCCCAGAUCGCCCACAACCUCAGCAGGGCCAGAGACCGCCAGCUCAUAGACAGCCAGCACCGAGACAGCCAGCUCAGCACCCACCUCGAGGUGCACCUGCCCGCAUUUACGCACUUGACCAGGAGCAGGCCGCCGAGCAGCCAGGUACCAUGUCUGGUAUGCCUUCUUUACUCGAUGUACCUGUCUUUGCUUUGUUCGAUACGGGGGCGACACAUUCGUUCAUCUCGACCAAGUGUCUAGAGGCCAUAGGGGUCCAGGGUGUGAGUGACGUCGACCCCCUCGCGAUCAGCCUAGCUUCGGGGAGGAAGAUAGUUACGAGUUUCCUGGCCAAGAACCUUAGCAUGUGUAUUGGAGGCAAAACUCUAGAGGUAGAUGCAUUCGUGAUCGAGAUGAGGGACUUUGACCUUAUUCUCGGCAUGGAUUGGUUGGAGAGAUAUCACGCAGACAUCCGAUGCCGCGAUAGAGAGGUGACGUUGCACUUAGCCGAUGGAGACCACAUCACAUUCGUCGGGACGAGGACGAGGACUUUACCGCGUAUCAUUUCCAUGGCGAAGGCGACUAAGUGCCUACAGAGGGAGGAUUAUGUACCCAUAGUGAGAGAUUUUGUGGACGUCUUUCUGGAUCAGCUACCGGGAGGACCACCUAGUCGUCAGGUGGAGUUCACGAUCGACCUGUUGCCUGGAGCUGGGCCAGUGUCGAAAGCGCUGUAUCGUAUGGCGUCGAAAGAGCUUCAGGAGUUGAAGGCUCAGAUUCAGGAGUUGUUGGGUCUCGGCUUCAUCCGGCCGAGCGUUUCACCUUGGGGAGCACCUUUCCUCUUUGUGAAGAAGAAGGACGGGACACUGCGCAUGUGCAUCGACUACCGGGACUUGAACCGGUUGACGGUGAAGAACAAGUAUCCACUCCCCAGGAUAGAGGACUUAUUCGAUCAGCUGAGAGGUGCCCGUGUGUUUUCCCGGAUAGAUCUUCGUUCGGGUUACCAUCAUUUGAGGAUUCGGGAGUCUGACGUGGCGAAGACCGCGUUUCGUACCCGAUACGGUCACUAUGAGUUUGUCGUGAUGCCGUUCGGCUUGACCAAUGCGCCGACGGUAUUCAUGGAUCUCAUGAACCGUGUCUUCCACCCAUUCUUGGACCAGUUUGUCAUCGUCUUAAUAGAUGAUAUUUUGGUCUACUCGAGGAGCACAGCCCAGCACGAAGAGCAUUUGAGGAUCGUGUUGGAGACUCUUAGGCAGGAGAGACUGUACGCCAAGUUCUCGAAGUGCGAGUUUUGGCUCGAUCGAGUGGCAUUCCUCGGUCACAUUGUUACGGCCGAGGGCAUUGAGGUCGAUCCCGGGAAGAUCGAGGCAGUGAGGAACUGGUUAGCACCUAGGUCUAUUACCGAGAUACGGAGUUUUCUCGGGUUAGCAGGCUACUACAGGAGGUUCAUUGAGGGGUUUUCGAAGAUAGCCCUACCCUUGACACGCUUGACGAGAAAAGGGACUAAGUUCGAUUGGAGUAGCCGUUGUGAGUCGAGCUUUCAGGAGCUCAAGAGGAGGUUGACUACGGCACCCGUGCUGACUAUUCCGGACCCUACACGGAGUUUCACUAUCUAUAGUGAUGCUUCGAAGCAGGGACUUGGGUGCGUGCUGAUGCAGGAGGGCAAGGUUGUCGCUUACGCUUCGCGACAGCUGAAGCCCCACGAGGAGAACUACCCGACUCAUGACAUCGAGUUGGCAGCCGUUGUCCACGCGCUCAAGAUUUGGAGGCACUAUUUGUAUGGUGUUCGGUGCGAGAUCUACACCGAUCACAAGAGUCUGCAGUACAUCUUCAUGCAGAAGGAGCUCAACAUGCACCAGAGGCGAUGGUUGGAGCUGGUGAAGGAUUAUGAUUGCACCAUUCAGUAUCAUCCGGGGAAGGCGAACGUGGUAGCUGAUGCCCUUAGCCGAAAGACGAGGGGCGAGUUGACUUGCAUGAUCACCCAACAGA